AUGAGGAGCAUGAUAUUCGGCGCAGCCAGCUCCCCAUUCAUGGCUCACACAGUCCGCAACCACAAUGCGAUCAUGCACGCAGAGACCCAUCCGCGAGCAUUAGUGGCAAUUACUCAAAGCCACUACAUGGACGACCUGGUGGACAGCUACGACAGUGAACACGAAGCUCGCGCCACCAUACAAGAGCUACGUGAAGUACACGCAGCGGCCAGUUUCACGCUAAGGCGCUGGAGCUCAAGCCAUCCGAACGUGCUGCGCGACGUCCCGACAGAACUCAGAGCAACUACGCCCACCGCGCUCGGGACGAUCGAGAGUAUGGAAAACAAGAUCCUGGGACUCUACUGGAACCCGCAAACAGAUGAACUCGGUUUCGACACAGCCAUGAACCGGGUCCCAGCCGAGGUGCGCAACCAAAGCCGCGCACCCACCAAGAGAGAAACACUCAGUGCGGUCAUGUCGAUCUAUGACCCGCUGGGACUGCUAAGCCAUUACACGAUCAGAGCAAAGAUCGUGCUUCAAAACCUAUGGCGACUAGAAAUACCAUGGGACGAGCCGAUCCCUGCGGAAGAAGCCGAACUCUUCGCAUCCUGGCUGCGACAACUGAACGAAAUCGCACGCCUGCACCUGCACCGGAACUACGCCCUGGAGAACCAUGAGCACACUGAACUACAUGUGUUCUGCGACGCGAGCGAACAAGCGUACGCUGCUGUGGCCUACUGGAGGGUUGUACACCAAGACGGUAGCGCGAAAGUGACCCUAGUUGGAGCAAAGGCUAAGGUGGCACCACGGCGUACACAAAGCAUCCCGCGCCUUGAACUACAGGCUGCACUCAUCGGAGCAAGACUCGCCGACACUAUCAGGCGCGAACACCGCAUCGAGAUAAAGAAGACCAUCUAUUGGACGGACUCAUCAACCGUAGUCCACUGGGUGCGUAACGACGCGCGACGAUACACUCCAUUCGUUGCACAUCGGCUAGGAGAGAUCGCCGAACUCACGCACAAAGACGAGUGGCGUUGGCUGCCGACCGCUGACAACCCAGCCGACGAUGCCACAAGACAAAGCCAGACUCCAGUACGCAUGGAAGACCGAUGGUUCCAAGGACCCGGAUUCCUACACGAACCAGAGGACCGGUGGCCCACAGAACAGGAACCUCAUGAAGAUGCAGAGGAAGUCCUGCACCUGAGCCAGCAGGACGAGAGCCACUUCGACUGGAUGCCUGACCCGACCCGCUUCUCGAGAUUCGAGACGCUAGUAAGAGCAACCGCGAACGUACUGGCUUUCACAGACAUCUGCCGGAAGCGAGCGACCCGCAUGGAGCUACAGCACAUAGAACGCGCCGAACGAGCUCUCAUGCAACGAGCACAGGAGGACGACUUUGGAGACGAGCUGAAGAGGAUCAAAGCAGUUCGCCCAAUCCCUAGAACGAGUCGUCUGUACAAGCUGGACCCCGUAAUCGACGACGGCCUCCUGCGAGUACGAGGACGCAUUGGAGCCUCAAGUGCGCCCUCCGACGCAAAACGACCUAUCAUCCUAGACGGUCGUCACCCCAUCACGCGACUCAUCGUAUUGCGAGAACACGCCGCAGCAGGACACGCUAACAGAGAGCGAGUAACGAACGAUCUACGACAGCGAUACUGGAUCAUACGGCUACGACCCACCGUACGCGCCGUCGAGUAUAGCUGCGCCCUCUGCCGGGUCACAAGGUCUAGGCCCAGAGCACCAGCCACAGGAGACCUGCCACGCGCCCGCCUCGAUCCAUUCCACCGCCCCUUCACGAACUGCGGGGUAGACUACUUCGGGCCCAUUACUGUAAAAGUGGGACGCCGCCGAGAGAAAAGGUGGGGCGCACUAUUUACCUGCCUCACCACACGAGCCGUUCACCUCGAGCUUGUCGCUUCUCUCUCUACGGAUUCGGCACUAAUGGCGUUGAGACGAAUGGCAGCACGCCGCGGAUGGCCGCGACUGAUGUACUCAGACAACGCAACCAACUUCCGCGGCGCCGAUCAAGAACUGAAAGCCGCAUACGCCGAAUGGGCACCCGCCCUAAGAGACGAAGGACUGACCCGGCGUAUGGAAUGGCGCUACAUAGCACCUGGCGCCCCGAACCAAGGAGGCGCAUGGGAACGCAUGGUGCGCUCUGUCAAGACAGCGCUACAAGCAACGCUUCGAGAAAAGGCACCAUCAGACGAAGUGCUAAGAACCCUCCUGACCGAAGCCGAAUAUUCGAUCAAUGCUCGGCCCCUAACGCACGUGAGUGUGGACCCUCGCGACCCCGAGGCCCUCACGCCGAACCAUUUUUUGCUGGGAUCUUCAACGGGUCUACCGAGAACAGGACCCUGUGACGAAGCCGACAGACGAACCUGGCGUACUAGCCAAGCACUCGCAGACCAAUUCUGGAGACGCUGGGUACGGGAGUACUUGCCGACCCUAGUACCGCGAGGAGAACCAGCUAGAAAGAAUGACACGUCAAAACUACAAGCCGGCGACAUACUGGUUGUCGUCGACAGCACGCUACCGAGGAACGUAUGGCCAAUGGGAAGGGUAGAACGUACGUACCCUGGGCCUGACGGCAGCGUACGAGUCGCCGAUGUCAGAACGAAGACCGGCGUCUUCAAAAGGCCAACAUCAAAGCUCGUCGUCCUACUAAAGGAAGAGGAGGCUACGCAAAGCUGCGCCGGGGGGAGAGAUGUUGCGGACACCGAGCUACAUAAUCCGCGCCGACCGCCUACUCGCCAACCACUGUACUAG